ACAUUACGUCAGCAGAGGGUUUCAUUUGCAUCGCGGAUCUGACUGAUCACGAUAUGACGAUUACUUGUUUAAAAACUAAAUACCCGGUUGGUCACAAACACUGUAGAACUGUGACAAAAACUGACUAUGACGCAGUCACGCGCGGUCUACAAAAUACUGACUGGACGACAGUGUAUCAUACUAUGGACGUCUCAAGAUUUGAAACAUGAGCGAUGGAAUCAGAUUUAGAUCAAAUAAUAAAGAGGACUCAAGGGUCUCUCGGAAAAUUUAUUAAACGUCCGCCGCUCACUGAUAAACUGCUUAAGAAACCACCAUUUAGGUUUUUGCAUGAUAUUACAACGUCGGUAUUGACAAGCACUGGAUUCUUUGCUGGACUAUUUGAUGACAAAGAGCUAAUAUCAGAGAAUGUAAAGGAUAAAGAAUCGAAAAUUUCCUUUCUUCAUAAAAUAAUUUUCGUAGUAGGGACGACUACGGGAAAAAAGCUUUCAGUUAAGCCUUCUAAGAUAGUAGCUGGACAGGAACCAGAAAAAACAAAUCUUUUAUUACAAUGUUUGGCAGAUGCACUUGAUCGGAAUCUGACUUCGGAAGAAGCAGUAAAGAAGUUUAAAGAAUCUUUGAAUAUUGAAUCAAAUGAUAAAACUAAACCUGAUGAAAAAAAUCUAGCACCAAAAAACAAAGAGAAAAGCAAACAUGACAAAAAUGUUCCAAAUAAAUUGCCCAAAAAGGAAUCUCCACCUAAGCAACCGAAGCAGAACAUCAAACAAGCAUCAAAAAUUAAAACUGACAAUUCGAAUAAUGUUAGUAAAGUUAUUAAAAAGGCUACAGAAAACAUUAACAAAAUUAAUAAACCUUUAAAAGAAAAUGUUUACAUUCAUGAUGAAGCAAACGAUCUCGAAAUACAGUCAACUGAAGCUGAUAUAAAUAAAAUUAACGAAGGUAAAUCUUUUGCAACAGACACAGAAAAUAAUAUAAUAUGUAAUGCUGAUUCUACUAUCCAACCUCACAACAUCGAAAAAGAUAUAAAUCAGAAGGAAAAUGUUGAAUUGGAAAAAAAUGAAGAGCCUAGUUCCAUAGACAAAUCAAGUGAUAUUACCACAAAUUCAUCAGACAAGGAUAAAACAUGUGACGACAAACAUGAAGUAAAAGAUAAAAGUGAUGACAAUGAAGUUUCUCAAAAAACAUUGUCUCAUGAUACUAGUCGCAAGACUGACGAUAUAAGUAUAAACAAAGUAAAUAUACGACCGUCUUCAUCUCGGCCUGGAGCUCCUAGAAUACGAGAUAAGCAAGAAAACCAUACUGCACCAAAAGAUACCGUGGUUCUUGGUAAAGUUAAUAUAAUUUCAGAAAAUACCUUGCUCGAAGAGGAAGACGAGAGUUUUCAAAUAGUAGAUACUGCUUUGGAAUUUGAUAAUUCCAAGCAGAACCUGGAAGAAGUACUUAGUGCUGAGCAUGGACAUCUCGUUCAACAAAUAUUAGAUUCACAAAAGGACUUCACAAAAUCAACCGGAUCAACAGAGAUUGAAUGGCAAUUUGGAAUUCAAAAAGCAAGGGAUGACAUAAGUAAAGACAUCGAGCUUUUACGCUUCAGCAUUCAGGCCAUAUCAAGAGUAGCAAAUCCACUGGGAAAAUUAUUGGAUCACAUACAAGAAGACGUUGAAGUUAUGCGUCAAGAACUGAUACAGUGGACAAAAGCGUAUGAAGAGACAUCAAGGGAAUUAUCGAAGCAAAAAGCUCUGAACGAGGAGUCUUUGCUUCCACUUUAUGCAAGAAUUAAGCAGUUGGAUGAAGAAAUAGCGGAAAAGCAAGAAAAGAUAAACGACGGACAAAUAAUAUUUCAUAAAAAUAAUUUUAAAAUCGAACGGCUUCUUGCCAACGGGAGCGUGCAAUAUUAGUUUUAAAUAAUGUAAAUAUGAUAUAAUAAUAAUUAUGAUUAA